AUGGAUGUCAGAGAAGUUGCCGAUUUCAAAUGGGAUGAAGAGCAAGAUGACUCUGUUGCAUAUCUUUCGAAACAGAAACUCGUUGUUCUGCGGGGGAAAGAAGCGGAGGAAGGGAUUACCUGUGAAGGAUACAUCUGUUCAUUCCGAGGUCUUGUGGUUCGCACUGUACUGCUUGAUAAUUUCCUCCUGCACAAAGCCAAAGCAGAUGGGAGGUUCAUAAUCGAUGUCGAAAUCAAGUCUCUGCGCGAUGCUAAACAGCUCCUGGAACGCCUUAAAAUCGAGGAAGCGACCGAAUUCAUAGGCAAAAACCCACAUCCGCGUCUUUGGUAA